UCAUGCUUGCUGCCACGGUCCAGAGUCUCUCAUGGGUCCCUGUACGGCCUCCCAUUGCUGCCUGUCUCCAUCGCCACACUCUGCCAGUGUGCCACUUUCAGGUCUCCUCACACUGCUUGUGUUUUCAAUUUUUUGACAUAGGGUGCUGGCAGAUUACGGGCCUCCCAUAGCUGCUUGCCAGGCCCCUAAUCUGCCAUGGGCCCCUAUUACCGCCUCCUCAUGCUGCUGCCAGGUCCAGAGUCUCUCAUGGGUCCCUUGUAAACGGCCUCCCAUUGCUGCUGUCUCCAUAGCCACACUCUGCCCAUGUGCCACUUUCAGGUCCUCCUCACACACUGCUGGUGUGUUGAAUUUUUU